AUGGCUAUUAAAGAUCCUAAUAGCUCAGCUGAACCAGAUACUACACCUACACUUUUCAAUUCACAAACUGAUAAGCAAAAUUCAGAUAAAGAAAUAAAAAUGGAAACAGAUUUUUCAAACAUGGUUACAACCUCUAAACUUGAAGAAAAUAUAUCUAAUACUGAGAAGGCAGAAACU